GCUCAGUGCUCGAGUAGCUAUGUUGAAAUAACUUGUAUUUUCACCGAACAGUAGAGGACUUAGAGAAGAAGAUGCAGAACGUGAUAAACACAGUGAAGGGGACGGCUUUGGGGGUGGCCGAGUUUCUCACCCCGGUGUUGAAGGAAUCCAAAUUCAAAGAGACUGGAGUCAUUACACCAGAAGAGUUCGUAGCAGCUGGGGAUCACUUGGUUCAUCAUUGCCCCACAUGGAAAUGGGCGUCUGGGGAAGAAGUCAAGGUGAAGCCAUAUCUGCCCGAGGAUAAACAGUUUCUCCUGACACGCAAUGUUCCCUGUUACAAGCGGUGUAAACAGAUGGAGUACUCCGAUGAGCUGGAGGCCAUCAUAGAGGAGGAUGAUGGAGAUGGAGGCUGGGUGGACACUUACCACAACUCAGGUUUGUUAGGAGUCACAGACGCUGUACAGGAUAUUUCACUGGACAAUAAUAAGGACAAGAAUAUGAAUGGCAGAACUGCAGCAUCAUGUGAUAAUGAUGAAGAUGAUGAUGAUGAAGAUGGAGACGCAGCAGAUAUGGAAGAGUACGAGGAAAGUGGCCUUUUGGAAACCGAUGAGGCGACCCUGGACACCAGUAAAAUGGCGGAAGCCAAAGCAGAGCCUGGGAGCGAAGAUGCCAUCCUUCAGACUAGAACAUAUGACCUGUACAUCACUUAUGACAAAUACUAUCAGACCCCUCGACUCUGGCUCUUUGGAUAUGAUGAAGACAGGCAACCAUUGACUGUAGAUCAGAUGUACGAGGACAUCAGCCAGGACCAUGUGAAGAAGACGGUCACUAUUGAGAACCACCCCCACCUUCCUCCACCUGCCAUGUGCUCUGUCCACCCCUGCAGACAUGCUGAAGUGAUGAAAAAGAUCAUAGAAACUGUGGCAGAGGGGGGAGGAGAGCUGGGAGUGCAUAUGUAUCUUCUCAUUUUCCUCAAGUUUGUCCAAGCGGUCAUUCCUACAAUAGAAUACGACUACACAAGACACUUCACCAUGUAGCUUCCUACACCCCUGCCUCUACUGAUGCACCAUGGGAAACAUCAUCUGUGUUGAGAUUAUAUCGGGUCUGGUCUGAUUACAAUCCGAUAGUGUUUGUGUGACUCAGAGACACUUUGUGAGGGAAAUGUUGGGAGCUAUGUGACAAAUUGUCUUUUAAAGCAACAGUCUGACAUUUUGGGACACUGACCCAGAGUCAGAGAAGAAGAUUAGUAUCUGUUUCAUCUGUGUGUGUGUGUGACAUGAGAAGUGCACCUUUCACAGCCAGAGCUGUGUGACCUUGCGUGAAGAGAAACAACCCACCUUUGACAGAGCUGACUUGUAGCUUCUUCAGUGCUAAGCUAUGCUAACCACAACUUAGACCAAUACAAAUGAAACCGAUAUCAAUCUAGCAGCUAGCAGACAAAGCUUUGUAACGUAUGUUGGACUGCUCCUCUGAAGUUCCUCUCCACGUUUGAUGUACUUUAAUGUGGUGAUCGCUUUCAGAGCCCUUCUUAAAGCGCUUAAAAAGCUCUGCCCAUUCCACACUGCUCGGCCGCCUGUCAUGUAAAAAUAACAUUACACCUGUUUUGCAGUGUUCUCGACUCCUUCAAAACACAAUGUUUUACUGCGGAACAUGCUGCUUUACCACAGUUAAACCGUGCGGGAGAGAGCACAGUAGUUAUGUGCUGAAACAAUAUGCAUGCCGGGCUUCUCUGUGGCUCCUCACUGCCAGUCAGCUCUUCAUGGGCAUCCACUUCCUGUACAUCGUGGAUCAGGUUCAACAGGGAGGGUCUGUGUUUUUUGUACAGCCACACCAGUGUAGAAGGUGUCUGUCUACUGGACCCUUGCGUCACUACAUUUACUGCUCUCUUCAUGGUGCUCUUUGUAGAAGGCAUGGCUGAGCCCUGUUAGUGUUGCUGCCAGCCCAACCCAGUAAUACUUCAUUUUCUGAAUGUGUUCAUGGCCAGACCUUUUCGUCCAUAUAUGCUUCUUGUGGUUGGUUCACAUUGUUUUAUUCUUAGGCUUCAACGUGUACUUCAAUAAACUACUAAAAUACUU